AUGAAUAUCGAUCGAACCUGUCUGGAAGAUUUGCCAAAUGAGCUCUUUUAUUUCAUCUUCUUGCAUCUUACCCCACAUGAUUUACUUAGUGCUUUCGAAAACCUGAACCAACGAUUUCAAUUGAUGCUUGCUGAACAACCAUUAAUUUUACCAAGCAAUCGAUGGAUGAGAUCUAAACUUUAUCAUGAUUAUUUAACGAAAAUCCUUCCAAAAUAUGCUUCGCAGGUUGUUUAUCUUCACCUUUCCGAACGCUAUUGUCCAGGUGCUGUCGAAUCGUUUAUUUCCGAAGUAUCAUUGGACAAUGCAUUGUGGCCAGCAUUGAAAGCAGUCACAAUUGAAGAUGUUUCAUGUGAAGCCUUUGAAACACUUCUAGAUGAUUGUACAUCAUUAUUUCAAAUUCAAUCCUUCACGUUGAUUUCUCGUUCGAAUCAAUAUUAUGCCGAUGAAUACAAAAAAUAUGAAGAUUUUGAAUUACUUCUACUAAUUCUUGAUUCUUUAACUGAAUUACGUUCAUUGCAUUUACAAAAUUGGAAACAUCCGCCUGAUUAUGAUAGUGAAGAGCUGAAUCAACGUCUUUCUGACAUGCAAAUCCAUCAAAAUCUACAACAACUCUUCAUUAGUGAUUGUUCAGGACAACUAUUAGCCGAAUUAUUGAGUAAUGGUUAUUUACCACAAUUACGCCGAUUACAAAUAAGACUUAUACACCAUGGGCACAUCGAACCAACGAUUGAAACACUAGAUGAUGUUUUACCUUUACAACAAGCAUUUGCUCCUGAAUUACGUUAUGUGAAAGUUGAACUGUUGAGUAAUAUUACUUGGGUUUUAACCUUCUUCGAAGAACUCCAACGACAUAGUCAACUGGAUUAUUUCCAUUUAUUUGGUAAGCUUCAAUUAGCAAAUUCGAAAGAUUUACCUCGACUUGCCGACUUACAACGAUGGUUAACAUUAUCGAGUUCAAAUGUAUUUCGAUUUCGCAUGAAAUUCGAUAUUGCUCCAUCUAUGCCUGCUCUACGAUCCCUUGAAGAAGAAGUAUUCGAUGAGUAUAAGCAAGCAACUAGCAAAAAAUAUGCAGCACGAUCUGGAACGAUAGAAAUUCUUUAUCCUCAAAAGUGUUUUUUUCAGACAGACACAGAUGGCAUGAAUAAAACUACUUCAAGUAGUAGUGAUGAUGAUGAUGAUAGCGUUGACGAACCAGCAGAAAUGGAUACUGAUGAUGAUGAUGAUUCGUACUCAUCAAGCGGUAGUGAAAAUUGUCAACGAUGUGAACCAUUGGAUGAGAAUGCACAAGAAUUGGAACUUGAGGAGGAUGAUUAUGUCAACACGAAUUUAUUUGAAGAACUACAAGAAAUAUCUUGUUGGCAUCAUUUAAGAAAAAUAACGGUAAAAUUUAAUCGUUUUCCAGAUGAGGAUCAUGUUAUUGGCCAUCGAUUAACACGUUUAGCUCAUGUUAUUCAAUGUUCACCACAAUUACGAGAGAUUCACAUCGAACACAAUCUCGAUUAUGCCCGUGCACUUGCAUUUGAUGUGCCAUGUGGUCUUCUAUUUACUUCAAAAUUAGAAAUCUUUCAAUACACAACUGUCGACUGCAAUAGUUCAUUCGUCGAUAUUGCUCGACUCGUUCUUAUUCUUUUUAAUCAUUCAACCUCACCACCUCGUUUGAAGGAUUUAUUUCUCAAAAUUGACAAAGAUCCAAAUACGUGGCUCUCAACUGAUCAUUUAGUUCGAUGGAUGAAGAAACUUAUUAAGCGUUUUCCUUUAUUAGUACAUUUUACCUUAUGUUGUCCACCGAGCAGAGCUUUUGAAAACAGCUCUUAUGAUUUAUCAUACUACUUUUCGGAAUGUUGUGCUUUAUUAAGUGCCAGUCGGCGAUUUCAAAUGAAUGCACUUUCAUACCGAUGUCAGUCUCAUUUACUGGAGAUUUGGUUGUAA